AUGCUCUUGAUUUUUAUUCUCUGGCUCCUGCAAAUUUCCAGUCUUGUGUGUGCCUAUAGCUAUGAUGAGUGCUACUACAGAAUCAAAGAAGAUUUUCACCGUGAAGGAGGUGUGGUUAUUGGUGCAUUUUUCCCAAUUCAUAUAUUCUACACAGGCAACAAAGUUCCACAUCCAUAUCUGCCACACUAUUUUAAGGAUAUUUACUUACGGUAUAAGAACUACCAGUUUCUUCUGGCUCUGGUGUUUGCCAUUGAGGAGAUGAACAGGAAUCCCCAUCUUUUACCCAACAUAUCUCUGGGAUUUGAUUUCUACAAUAUUCCAUACAAUGACACACACAUUUUAGUGAAUGUCCUCAUUUGGCUCACAGGGCUGAGCAAUCCUUUUUGUAAUUACAACCGUAGAAAAAGGAGCAAGACAGCUGCUGUGCUUACAGGAACAUCACCCGCAACUUCUGCCUACAUUGGCACACUGCUGCAACUCUACAAAUUCCCACAGCUUACAUUUGGGCCUUUUGAUUCUACAUUGAGUGAACAAGGUAACUUUAACUUUCUCUAUCAGAUGGCUCCCAAAGACACAUCUCUUUCACUUGCCAUUGUCUCUUUGAUGCUUCAUUUCAACUGGAACUGGGUUGGUCUGUUCCUUCCAGAUGACCACAGAGGGUCUCAAAUACUAACAGAUUUAAGACAAAAGAUGGAGAGUAAUAAAAUGUGCAUAGCUCUUGUGGAAAUAAUCCCAAGGACCUGGACUUCAUUUUUCAAUAAAUUCUGGAAAAAUAUAGAGAAGGUUUAAGAAUCAUUGGCCAAUGUUAUCAUCAUUUUUGGUGACAUUGAUUCUUUACACGGUUUAAUGCGAAAUCGGGCAACAUGGAAAGUCUGGGUCAUGAACUCUCAGUGGGAUGUUACCAACCAUGCUGAUUAUUUCCUAUUAAAUGCAUUCCAUGGGAGUAUUAUCUUUUCACACCACCAUGAGCAGAUUGUUGAAUUUACUGAUUUUAUUAGAACAGUUAGUCCUUACAAAUACCCAGAAGACAAUCAUCUUCCCAAGUUGUGGUUUUUGUUCUUCAAAUGUUCAUUUUCUCAACUUGACUGCAAACUUUCAGAAAACUUCGAACCCAAUGCCUCCUUGGAAUUCUUGCCUGGACACAUCUUUGACAUGGCCAUGCAUGAAGAGCGUUACAAUACAUACAGUGCUGUACAAAUGGUGGCCCACAGUCUCCACGAGAUGAAUCUUCAACAAGUUCAAAGGCAACCAUAUGCAAGUUGUGAAGAAAUGCAUUUUUUUUCUCCUG